CCGUCUUUGUGACUCUUCUUCGUUUUUCUCAUUCAGUUUUCUGCUGUUGUUUUAAGUGUAAUCUCAAUUUACAUUUUCUGUUGCUGAUCAAUCUGAGUUCUUAGAAAGGCAGGCUCUUCAUCAUCAGAUUUUUAGAGAGUUCGAGUUCGAGUUUGACCGAUCAGUGCAGAGAAGUCCACCUACAAUCGAUGGGACAUUACUGCAGCAAAAACAUCUACGCAGACAACAAUGAUUCAGUCCUUGCCGGCAAUCAACGGAAGACACCGCAGAGGCGGCGUCCUCCGCCUUCGCCGUCCCCUGAAGCCGCUGAAGCCAAUUCAUUCACUGGAAGCCCGUUUCCGAGCCCUCUGCCGGCGGGGGUUCCACCGUCGCCUUCGCCGGCGAGGACGCCGGGAAGAAAGUUCAGAUGGCCGUUGCCGCCUCCGUCUCCUGCUAAGCCGAUCAUGUCGGCGAUCAUGCGACGGCGCGGCGCGGCUAAAGCGCCGAAGGCAGACUCGAUUCCCGAGAAUGAAGCAGGAGGAGGAGGAGAAAGGGCGCUGGAUAAGAAUUUCGGCUACACCAAGAACAUCGGCGCUAAGUUUGAGCUGGGUAAGGAGGUCGGGCGUGGGCAUUUCGGACAUACUUGUUGGGCCAAGGGCAAGAAGGGAGAGCUCAAGGGACAGUCUGUUGCUGUUAAGAUAAUCUCGAAAGCCAAGAUGACAUCACCGAUUGCCAUUGAAGAUGUUCGUCGGGAAGUGAAAAUAUUGAAAGCCUUAUCUGGCCACAAGCAUACAAUCAAAUUCCAUGAUGCAUUUGAGGAUGCAAAUAACAUUUACAUUGUCAUGGAGUACGUAUGUCCCUGUGGGGAGCUACUGGAUAGGAUUUUAUCAAGAGGUGGUAGAUACACAGAGGAGGAUGCUAAGAGUAUUCUUGUGCAAAUUUUAUCUGUAGUUGCUUUUUGUCAUUUACAAGGUGUUGUCCAUCGUGAUCUAAAGCCGGAGAAUUUUCUCUUUACUACUAGAGAUGAGGAUGCACCAUUGAAGAUCAUUGAUUUUGGUUUGUCUGAUUUCAUUAGGACAGAUCAACGUCUCAAUGAUGUCGUUGGUAGUGCAUACUAUGUUGCACCUGAAGUUCUCCACAGAUCUUACAGUUUAGAAGCAGAUAUAUGGAGCAUUGGUGUCAUAGCAUACAUUUUAUUAUGUGGAAGCAGACCUUUCUGGGCCAGAACUGAAUCAGGAAUUUUUCGUUCUGUUCUAAGAUCUGAACCUAACCUUGAUGAUUCACCUUGGCCGGCUGUAUCAUCAGAAGCCAAAGAUUUCAUAAAAAGACUUCUGAACAAGGACCACAGGAAAAGAAUGACUGCUGCCCAAGCUCUAACUCACCCAUGGUUACUAGAUGAAAGUCGUGCUGUGCCUUUGGAUAUUUGUAUCUACAAAUCAGUCAAGUCAUAUGUUUGUGCCACACCUUUCAAACGGGCAGCACUAAAGGCUCUUUCAAAAGCUAUCCCUGAAGAUGAGCUUGUGUAUCUUAGGGCGCAGUUUGGGCUUUUGGAACCAAAGCAUGGAUAUGUCUCAUUAAAUAAUUUUAAAGCGGCUUUAAUGAGACACGUGACUGAUGCCAUGAGGGAAUCGAGAGUUCUCGAUAUUUUAAAUGUGAUGGAACCUCUCACCUAUAAGAAAAUGGACUUCGAAGAGUUCUGCACUGCCGCAAUCAACUCAUAUCAGCUGGAGGCUCUGGAAGGAUGGGAGAAGAUUGCAAGCAUGGCUUUCGAGUAUUUUGAACAUGAAGGAAAUAGAGUUAUUUCUGUUUCAGAACUGUCACAGGAAAUGAAUCUAGGCCCUACAACUCAUUCUUUCCUCAGAGACUGGAUUCGGAGUUCUGAUGGGAAGCUAAGCUUCCUUGGAUAUACCAAGUUUCUACACGGUGUGAGGAUACGCACCCCCAUUGUAAGACGCUGAGAACAUAUAUAUAAAUAGUCCAACAGAGGUAGAACUGAUUAUUUAAAUUUUGUGUUAUAAAUUCUUUCUUUCCUUUGUUAAGGGAAAAGGUAUAUAGAAAACUAUAAAUAGCCCAACAGAGAACAAAGGUAGAGGUUGAACUAGAACAGUUCCAUUCCAUUUGUAUGUUGAAUUCGAACACAGUUUGCCGAGAAAAAGUAUAGGUUUCCUUAAUUCUCAAUGUUUGUUACUCUGUA